GGCGAAGAUUGAUAGAUCUAACAAGAAAGGUCAGGGCGAGAUAAGCUCCUGUCUCCGGACUAUGUUGCACAGUUAUACGCGUUGAUCGAAACUAUACGCCCCUCAUUCCACCUUGCGGCUAUGUUUCGUACAACAGACCAGACGCCAGUCCGUCCGCAAUGGUCAUCGUCGCCUCUCCACGCGAACUCCGCAUGACAAUAAACAUGUCGUGACCUCCAAGCAACAGUCGUACGAGCACAGGAGAUCAACUUGCCGAAGUCGGUGAGGCGUUGGCACGAUGUCAUCCACCUACUCGUCCUAAGCCACCGAUCUAAGAUAGCGGAACUACUUUUCUCCGACUUCUGCAAGUCACUAUCCGAGCGCCUAACAGGAUCAUCUCGGCCCUUGAGCCGCCUGUUCGUGACCACCACUCUUUCGACAUCAACACCUUCCUUUCGACAUAACACAACAGCAGCUGGCCAUGUUCUCCCCAGUCCUAGGGAGAGCUGUCCGCUCUACCAGCUCCAUCGCCACACCAUCCGUGUGCAUCACGCUCGGCCGCCCAGCUACCUUCGGUGCCGUUAACGCCCAGCAAUCCUUUUCCCGACCCGCGCAUCAACGCCGCCUAUCGUCCUCCAAGGCCUCAAUACCUCCCGAUGGCUCGAACGGGUCGAGCUCAACACAGCAGACCCCGGGAACAAGUACGAACAAGGCGCCCGCGAGGAAGUUGACCGGAAGGGCCUCAAAGAAGAGGGCGCAGUCGCCGCCCGCACUCAACGUGCCCCAUGUCCCGCCUACAGAUUAUCUUCAGAAGCCUGAGGUGAAGAUAUCUUCAUUCUUCUCACUCCACCGCCCUAUCUCCGUUACCUCGGCGAUACCACCCGUCUCGACAUCAGCAUCAUUCGAUUCGAUAUUCCAGACACGAAAUCCUCACAGCCGAAAAGCAAUGGUGGAUAACAUGCAAACACUUUCCAGUGGCAUAGAGAGUCUGGAAGCAGCUCUCCGCGUGCACGAAAAACAAUCUCCAGAAGAGAUGGUGCAGUCUGAACUGGAGGUGCAGCACCUUGAUGGACCUCCACAAGUGUCAGUCGACCAGAUCAUGUCACGUUUCGUUCCAUUCAGGCCGCCGCCUGCUCCGGUCCCAUUCGACCAGGCUGCACAACCUGAAACGGGUGUAAGCCAACGAAUGGAGGCCCCCGCUGCAGCGUCGAUCAAACAGCGUUCCUGGAGCACUGCGGUGGUCGUGACAGAAUCUACAGAUGCUUCAGGGCAGCGAACAUAUUCCGCCACCACGGCGCCUAUGGUUGAGAUCGAGGCCCCUGCUGCAGAGAACAGCUUAGAGAUGGAGGACAUCGAGAUACGGCAACCGUUUCUGGAGCGUAUGAGGAGGCGGCAAAAUACCAACAGCCGCCCAGACAUGAUGGCGAUCAGCGUCAAGAGGCAGCGAAAGCUCAAGAUGAAGAAGCACAAGUAUAAGAAGUUGAUGAAGAGGACGCGCCUCUUGCGGAGGAAAUUAGACAGAGCAUGAUAGAUUUCUUUGGUUGCACCGGAUACGGUCAGAGCAGGUCCGAGUCACGAGUCACAGAGAUUGAAACGGCACCUCGAGAGACCGAAGCUAGAA